AACACUUUUUAAAGGAUGCAUAAUGGGGUUAAGAGACGAUAUUUUUACGGAAGGUGGUAUAAAAGGGCCUCUAGGGGCGAGUACAAAUCAGAUUGACUGCAUUUUUUCAGCAACAUCUUAACUUUGAAUUGAUUUUCAGAAGUUAUCCUUCUUCUGCUCAGAAAUAUAUUUUGUUGUUGUUCAGUCAUCCGAUUACUGUCAACAUGAACCGACCACUGUUUAUAACAUGUUGCCUGUUUAAUCUGUGCUUUCAGUCAGUUUUUUCCGAGGAGAUUUGCUACGAUGACCUGGGUUGCUUCUCAAAUGACCCGCCCUAUGAUGUCUUCUUCAGAUUCCCGCCAAAAAGUCCAGACUAUAUCAAUACAGAGUUCUUGAUGUACACCCGCCUAAACACUGAUUUGUAUAUGAAGAUAGACAGAACAGACCCAUCCUCCCUACAGUAUUCUACCUUCAACGCCUUGAGGAGGACAAUAUUUCUUAUUCACGGUUACUCGGAGAAAGGAGCCAGGUCGGAAUGGAUGAAGGAAUUGAAAGACAAGCUUCUUGCAACGGAGAAUCUGAACGUAUUUCUAGUAGACUGGGGAGCUGGUGCCAGGAACCUGUACGGUCAGUCAGUGCAGAACACACGCGUUGUGGGUCGUGUCAUUGCCAGAUUCAUGCAGUUUCUUAACACUGAGACGGGUGCAAACUUUGCUCGUAUGCACUUAGUUGGUCAUAGUCUUGGGGCGCAUAUCGCUGGCUAUGCUGGAGCAUUCCAGUCAGGAAUUGGAAGAAUAACAGGUCUUGAUGCCGCCGGACCAAACUUUUCCGGCAACGAUCCGGCUUGUCGUCUGGAUCCUACUGAUGCCAUCUUUGUUGACGCCAUCCAUACUGAUGCAGAAUUGCUUGGGCUUGGAAUUGUUCAAACGGUUGGUCACAUGGAUUUUUAUCCUAAUGGCGGAAAAGAGCAGCCUGGUUGCCCAGCUACCGUUGGUGAUAUCGUUUUGGCUCCAAUGGAAGUCAGCUGCAGCCACAGCCGUGUCCUUCAGCUCUUUAUCGACAGCUUCGACUCAACACAAUGCGAGCCUCGCGGCUAUCCGUGUCGUAGUUGGGACAACUUUGUAAAUGGGCAGUGCAAUGACUGUGGUCUGGUAGGCUGUCCUCCGAUGGGAUACUGGGCUGACCUUUCACUGGCGACUGGAACUUUCUAUCUACAAACGGGUGAUGAGUCGCCAUUUUGCAAACUCUAGAACCUCUUGUUGUCAUGGUUGAAGAAGGUUCAACAUGAAUUGUAAUUAGAGAGUGUAUAUAAGUACAGAAAAAUAUAGGAAUAUAGGAAUCAAGGAGUGAAAACUUAUUUUUGUGAUAUUUUGAAAUCAUGUUUAACCCCCUCCUCAGUCUAUAGCUACCUACCUAGUCGUCCUCGCCUAUUCAUCACCUAACUUACUAACCCUUGUGACAUAUCAUACGUUAUCAUCUCCAGUAAGCCAUAUCGUAUUGUGUCGUGUUGUCCGAUGCGAUGAUAUAACAUGCUUAAAUUAUAGAUACAUAACUUAUUUCAACUGAUAAAGUGUAAAUAUCGUCGAAAA